CUCGGUAAUGAAAGCAUACCGAAAUUUGCUCGGGUACAAAAGCAGAGUUGUCAAAACACGAUUUAAAUAUCUUUGUAAACGAAUAAUAGACAUACAAGUAGACGUAUACAGUAUUUCGAAAUUACUUGCCAGUUGUGGAUGUACGCGGGCCAUGUGUUACGGUGUUAUAUCAACUGGGAAUAGUUUGCAGUAAAUUCGCUCUCGCACACUUAAGUUAGCACAUUAAAACAAUCUGGUAUUACGGCUGCGGUAUUGAAUAGCGCAUAAUUUUGAUGUGCAGUUGACAGAGUGUUGUGUAUUGAAACCAGGCCAUGGAUAGCUACAUGUAGGAUUAUUUGUUUUCUUCGUCACAAGGGGCCGAAAUGAGGCUCGCCUUCGUCGCCUUCGUGUUGGUGACUUUUAUCGCCACGUGCUUCCAUGCCCGUGCUGCUGAUGUUGCCAAGGCGGAGCUUGAUCGACUGAAGGAAUACCUGGAGAAUGUGGAAUUCAUUGAAGACGAGGACGCAUUGAACAGCCUUACAGAACGCACGGAAGAAGAGGUUAUGCGUAGCGCGUGCGACUCACAAAUGCACUACGACGAGCCUCUACCCGAUGACGUUAGCGAAUUUGUCGAUGACGUAACGCAGUUCGUGGGAACCUGGGAUAUGUGUCUCGGAAAGUGGCAGUCGAAGACUGCGUAUGCAGAUUGGAAUUACGAAACAGAUCUCACAGACGCCAAUGCACAGAAGAACACGGAUGUAUCAGUGCAAAGGUCCGGGUUUACAAAGCAGCUGUCUGUACAGGCGACCAAGGUGCUCAACCAUGCGCACUUCAGCGAGCUCGACGAUGACAUUAAGAGGCAGGUGCGUCUGCUUGCAUUCGAGACCAGCCCCAAGGACCCUGAUGACAAUAUAGCCCUGGAGACCACAAAGAACGACCUGCAGAAGAUCUACAGCACGGCAACUGUGAACGGCCUCCCCCUGGAGCCCAACGUGACGGAAGUGAUGUCGCACUCACGUGACCCGGAUGUUCUGCUCGGUGCGUGGUGGGGCUGGCGGAAUGCUACGGGUCCGCUCAUGAAGGACAAGUAUGAACGGAUGAUCGGACUGCUGAACAAAGGGGCCACUGACAACGGUUUCGCUAACUACGCCGACGCUUGGGAGGAAAGUCAGUUCGACUCCACAGACGACAUCGAAGAACAGGCGGCGAAAUUGUGGAUGGAAAUCAAACCGCUGUAUGAACAACUGCAUGCGUACGUCCGCCACCGCUUGGCGGCCUAUUACCAUGACUAUCGCUCCUUUAACAACGACAUCAAGUUCUGGGGAGUGUUCAGACAAGGUGCUAUGCCAGCACACCUACAAGGGAACAUGUGGUCACAACAAUGGGAAAAUAUCUACGACAUCGUUAAACCAUAUCCAGAAGAAGUGGAGAAAGACUACGACAAAAUGCUCAAGGAAAAAGUCUUUGACGCCGCCAAACUGUUUAAAAUGGCGGAGCAAUUCUACACGUCAAUCGGACUAUUUCCAAUGACAAACGACUUCUGGAAGUAUUCGAUGAUUACUAAACCGGAAGGUCGUGAUGUCGUCUGCCAUGCUUCAGCGUUCGAUUUUUACACUACAAAACCGCCAAAUAACGAUUUCCGAAUCAAGAUGUGUACAGAGAUCAACAUGGACAGUUUCGAGACGAUUCAUCACGAGAUGGGUCAUAUCACUUACUUUAUGGCUUACCAAGACCAGCCCACAGUCUACAGAGACGGCGCCAAUUCCGGGUUCCAUGAAGCUAUAGGCGACACCAUCAGCCUGUCGGCAAUGACUCGGCAGCAUCUUGAACGCCUGCUAGGGGACGGCCAGGGCACACCGGUACAGACCGUGCGGUCGGCCGAACAAGGGAAGCCGUCAAAAGGGGACAUAAACUACCUGAUGAGGAAAGCGCUGAUCAAGGUAGCCUUCCUUCCCUUUGGUUACCUCAUAGACAAGUGGCGCUGGGACGUGAUGCGGGGAACCGUGACCAAGGACCAGUACAAUAGACACUGGUGGAAACUGAUACUCCAGUACCAGGGCCUGGUGUCGUCAGUCCCGCGCAGUGAGAAGGACUUCGACCCGGGAUCAAAAUACCAUAUACCGAGUGACUCCCCUUAUAUAUGUUACUUCAUCAGUUUCAUCAGCCAGUUCCAGUUCUACGAGGCAAUGUGCGAGGCGGCCGGGCACCAGGGCCCGCUGUACAACUGCGACUUCUACCAAUCCGUUGAGGCCGGGAACAAACUUAAAGCUUUGCUUCAACUCGGAAAAUCAAAACCCUGGCCAACAGCAAUGGAAGCCCUAACCGGAAGUAAAGAAAUUCACUCGUCCGCAAUACUAAAAUACUUCAAGCCCCUUUAUGACUGGCUAGUGGCGGAAAACGCUCGACUUAAGAACCCGGUCGGGUGGAAACAUGCAAAAAUUAACUUUGAAUAAAGAAAUUUUUAAACACGAAAAUAACCAAUCAUUCAUAUGCAUAUACAGUUAUUCUAUGACAAUAUUGCCAAAAUACAGCACUUAACAAAAUAACAAUAAAUCGGAUAUGGUAACUUCACUAAUAAAGCCAAUGGUAAAAUCCUGUUAUUUUAUUAUAUUUAUCAUAUAUUACGACACAGAAUGUUAAAGCGGCUUCAUAAAUGGAUAAGUUUGACACUUUUAUUCAUUAACUCUUUACUAGGAUAUUAGAAAAUAUGUUUAAUAUUGCUAUUUGAUACGACAUUGUGUUCUGUUAUAGAUCAUAAUUACGUGUAAGUUUUUGUAUAGUAUUUAUGCAAAGACCGAAAAGCAUAUCGUAAUAAUUUUAUACUGCUUUGUUUUAUUUCUAUAUAUUAUACCAUUUAACGUAACACAUUUAUGAUUGGUAAUAUGUUGCUUACUGAAAUGCAUUCGUUGUAACACCUGUGAUACUGGGAAUAAUGAUGUUAUUGAAUUGUUAUCGUUAAUAAAAUGUGCUCCCAUUUA